UCUAUUACGUCAUUUCCUCUGCCCGUUAGGCUCUCUUCGAUGCUUGUGUUGUUGAUAAACUAAGUUCGUGCAGUGGACCUUCGCGUGAGCGGCUCACACCUCAAAUCAAAUGUAAUCUAACAGUUUUAUUAUUAUUUUAUUUGUUUGCGUUGGUGUGACGUACACGGUUGAUAUAUGUUCAUGGUUGCGCGCGCAGUGAAAUCGCUGUUCCCUGCUGCACGUUACUGACCAGUGGCCCGCAAACUUUCGGGAAAUGGGGAAAAACCGCAAGCGCUUGAAAGGAACUGGAGCCCCUCAAGCUCCAGGACCUGGACCACAUCAUGGCAUGCGGCCCACAGCGCCUCCUCCCCCUCACUGCGGGUUUCGGGGUCCCGCUCCCGUCCGCCCGAGGGGCCCACCUGGACAGAGGUUACCUGCGCCCCAUCGCGUCCUCGGACCGCAGCACCCCAGAAUGAUGAUGGACAGAGGGACUAUGCAUCACCCGAUGGAUUUUCCCGACAGACGUGACUUUCCCCCUCAUAUUGAUGCACCCGAUCCACAUUUCCAGCAUCCUCCAGAGUUUGGGAGCGGACCACCAGCACCAGAGCUGGAGUAUGGACCGCGUUUCCGUUCUCCGGAGCUUGAUGACAGACCUCCCGACUUCUGCUCGCCAGGUUUUCACAGGAUGAGCCCUGGAUUCGAGCAGGUGCAGCAGUGUGGUCCAGCAGACCCGCAGCACAUGCCACAGAUGGAUCAACACAGCAUGGCUCCUCCUGUGAAAAGCUGUCCACCCCAACCUCUGAAGAAAAAAGAUCAGCCGGCUCCGAAAGAGACUGAACCUCCUAAAUCGAUGGCAUCAAAGAUAUCAACGUUCAAGAAUAUUUCUGCAAAUACUCCUCGUGGACGCUCACUGGGAGUAAUUUCAUUAAUUGGUAAUAAUUGUGGUUUCAUUGAACGGGAGGAUUUGAAGAAAUUUUCUUUUAUAUUUGAUGCUUUUUUUGGAAACCGUGCUCACCUGGUGCCUGGGGUUAAAGUGCAUUUCACAGCAGUGAAAAACCUGGGAAAAGAAUGUGCGGUUGAUGUGAAAGUGGCACCAGGAGGAACAGAAGACAUUGACAGUACGUUGUAUGAAGGCGUUGUUCUCACAGUCCUUCCUGACGACAACGUCAAGGAGGCUAAUCCUGGCCGCAUCAGGACCUUUAUCUCUACGGAUCAAAUUGAAUUGCCCUUUGGAAAGGCGGACACCGGUGUGACUCUGCUGCUGUAUGAUCUUGUGGAGUUCCAGUUGCUGACUAAUGUUAUUACCAAGGAACAAAGAGCCACAAACAUCAAACCAAAAACACCUGACACUUUUCAGCUCACCAAAGAAAUCAGGGAGAUGGGUGUGGUUAUGAAAAAGAGUGAUGGAACCCUUACCAUCAUGACAGAGAAACAUGAUAACCUCACGGCCUGUGCUACUGACACUUUAUCAGAUGAUGAGCUGAAUGUCAUGGAUGAAGUGGAGCUCACUAUUUUGACUGUGAACGACACAAAGAAGGCCGUCCGACUCAAAAAGCUGCCCGAGGGCUCUGUGACCUUUAAUCGAAAAGCAAAAGGCAAUGAAAAUAUUUCCGGCGCAAAGGACCGUACAUCUGGCACUACCCCUGGCAAAGACAAGUGGAAGCCUGUGACCAUGAAGGCUGGUUCUCAAGAUUCAGUCUCCUUCGACGCAAGCAGUGAGAAAUACGAGGGGACGAUUACAAAAAUUGCCCCGAAGAAAAGCCCAAGCAAGGAAAAAAUGAUGGACAAUCAAGAGCCUACUUUGGGUCUUCUGGUCACCACAGUGGAGGGCACAGAGAAGCAGUUAUCUUUUAGGUCAGGUAACGUUAUCACGAAAGCCACCAUGAUGGUUGGUGACAAGGUCCAGUUCAACAUUUUCACCAACAGUGUGACCAAGGAGGAGUGUGCCGUCAACGUAAAGAUCCUUCCAGAAACUUUCCUGACAGACUCUGAAGAGCAACGUAAGAUAGGGCUUGUUGUCAAGCUGGAUGAUAAUUUCGGGUUCAUCAAGACACAACAGGACCCGCAGCUAUUUUUUGACGUAAGUGAGGUUAUGGAGGACACCAAACUCAAGUUGUCGGAGAAGGUUGAAUUUACAUUAGUACCGAGUCAAGCAGCUGAAGGGGGAAAACAGGCUGUUAGAAUAAGAAGGCUGAAUGAAAGCGUCUUCACAUCUGCACCAAAAUUAGAGGCCUUUGGAGUAAAAGAGAAGAAGAAAAUGACUAUCAAAUUGCUGAACCAUCCGAAAGACCAAAUCAAGGAGAUGGUCAUAACAGAGGACAAAGGCAGUGAAUCAAUGGAUGUAGACAAGCCAAACAAGGGAAAAGACAUAACUUUACCAUCUAUGUCAUCUGCAAGAGCGCUGAAGAAGGAAAGUGACCUUAAACUAGAAAGCACUAAAGGUGAUAGAAUACGGAGCAGAAGCAGGGAAAAUAGUCAACGUAGGUAUAGUCGGAGCAGGAGCAGAAGCAGAAGCAGAGACAGAAGCAGGAGUUACUACAGAAGUUCCAGCCGUGAGAGGAGGGACGACCAAUACAGAUACAGCCGCAGUUGGAGCAAAGAGCAUGAAGAGAGAUACCGCCAGAGUCGCAGCAGAAGCAGAGAAAGGAGCAGCCAAAGUCCCAGGAAGAGAAGCCGCAGUCCUGCCGACCAAAGGAGAUUUAAAAGCCCUGAAAAUGUAGAAGAAGAACUAUUGAGAAAAAGGAGAGAGCUAAUGGAACUCAAUGAGUUGAUUGCACGUAAGAAAGCUAUUGUCGCUAUGGAGCAAAAUGCUAAAGAAAUUGAACCCGAGGAUGGAAAAAGUGGAGUUACAACAUUUGAUUAUCAGCAUGUGCAUCAUGAGAACAUUUGGAUGCCUAACCUAAAACCAGUGAAGUCCAUCUUAAAGAAACAAUCUGAACCUCACACUGAUUCUCAGUCUCAGGCGUCUACAAGCAAGGAAACUGCUGCUUUUUUUGUAAGAAGUCAAAAGAUGCAAAUAGGAUACCCCCAACAGACUAAUGAUUUUGACUCAAAUACACCUGGCUACUCUGCGUUUGAAAGUACUGCUGAUAGGACUUUGACCACUGCGAGGUCUGAGAAGACAUCUUCAACUCAGAUUCAGGAUCCAGAAUUGGUGAGCAAAAAGAAGCAAUUAGAAGAUCUCAUUGAGUCCAUUGCACGCAAAAGAGCAAUAAUUGCCCUGGAACAGAAGGUCAGGGUUGUUCUGGAAAUGCCUGAAAUGGAAGCUGAAUACGAGUUUGACUCUCACACAGAGAACCAAUUUGUAAUGUUUAGAGGGAACUUAUGGAGCUGCGAUAUUCAACCGAAAAAGUCAAUUUUGAAGAAACACUCAGAGAUUCUAACGUCUCAGAGUGACACAACCUCAGUUGAUGAAUAUGGUCAGCAAAGUCAGGAUGAUUCUUCUUUUACAAAACCACCUUCUCAGACAGCAGCAUUGCCAUUUAACAGGUCCUCAAAUCCACAACCCAUUCAUCCUGGCACUUUGGGAUUAUUCAACCGGAUUAUGAAUGAGUCUUCAGCAGCCUCACAGAUGACUGAAACACCCCCUUUUAACAAGCCAGUUAUCCCACAGUCACUCAUGCAGGCGUCCAGUUCAAGGUCUUUACAUGACCUGAAAUCUUCCAACAUUUCUAAAGCUAACAAUUCUCAGGAAGACCAACACAGGGCAUCAUCUCGCCUGGCUCAUGACCAUCCCCCGAGCAGUAACCCUUCUACGAGUCAGACUUCACCAUCAGAUCCAAAGUGCAAUCUUACAACUCAAAUGGAGCGCUUCCUUAGUGCUCUCAACAAGGCAGACGCCAGUGUUGUUAACUCAUUGUUUCAAGAGGCUAGAAAGGAUCUGGCUCUAAUGAACACCCAGAAACCCACUCAACCACAAUUAGAUAGAAGCGUACCCUUCAUGGAUGAAUUAUACGAUCCUUUCAAGGAAGAUGAAGACAAUGACCAUACGAUGGUUUCAGAAAAUUGGAGUGCACAUAAAGAAGGUCCAAAUCAGUUCUCUGAGAAGCGGAAUCGGUAUGAAGAGGAAACUAAUCUGUGUGCAACCGAACACAAACAUUACACUGAUGAUGGCCGUCUGUAUAGGGAGCCUAGUCGGUCUGUUGAGUACCAGAAAGUCAAUCCAAAUGUCCAGCACUCUUACGUAGAGGACAGAGAGAUGCAUAAGAGUAAGUUUGACAAAAACUUAGCUUGUCAGGAGUCUGAAGAAAGCAGUGAGGAUAAAGUCAGAAAGUCAGAGAACUUUGAAAAAAUUCAGAGUCUUCUUCAAACAAUAGGACUUCAUCUAGACACAGCAGAGGUUAGCAAAUUAGCAGACCGGACACAAGAGCGAUUGUAUGGUAAGAUGAGAAAACCUCAGAGUGCGUCUUCUCACUCUUUUGAACAAAAAAGGGAGCGAUUAGUGAGUCAGACUGAGCAAAGAGGUAGUAGUAGUAGGGCAGAUUCCUCAGACUCUGAAAGCUUCCGAUCUGUUUCCCCAACUCAGUCCUCAAGUCGUAAGGUUUACAUGAGCUACGAGGACUCUGUAAAAGACCAGCACAACGUGGAAGAUGUAGACCUAACUAGCAUUAAGAGAACUGUAGUGAAUUUGAAACCAGCAACCGACGAACAAGAUCCUUACGAACCUGAGCUGACCGCAGUUUCUCAAGCUUCGUACCAACCAGUGACCACUGUAACCACAGUUCAGCCUGACUAUUCCCAGUAUGCCCAAAAUUUCACCGUUUCCACCUUUUCAGCUUCACAAUAUUCGCAAUAUCAAAGAAGUGGUCAAAAUGUUUGGGGUUCUGUUUUCCCUGGUCUGUACCCUUAUGGCACUAUACCUUCAUCUCCUUAUGCUAUUGGUCACCAAGCAAUGGCGCCACCUAUGAUGCCUGCUGCUUAUAGUUGGUACACUGCACAAAUGGCCAAUCCAUAUUGUGUACUUCCUCCGGUCUCCAUGCCACAUUCAUAUGGUCCUCCACCUAUCUCCAACCCUCUCCACCUCUCCGCAGUGGCCUCUACUGACACUAACCAAGAGGCUAGUCAAAUCCCACCUGAAUCUAUAACAAGAACGCCUGUUAGGUGCCUAAAAAAAAUAAAAACCGUUCCAACAGUUAAAGCAGGCCCUGCUAUCAUAACAGAAGAGGCCAUCAAGGCUAGGCAGAAGAAACGGCUUGAACAGUUUAACCUGAGAAUGAAGCUGAAGAAUGAGCAGCAAAUGGAAGCCCAGCGUUCACGUGGACAAAAUCCGAAUUCAGCUCCAGGUAAAAGUACCCCCAAUGAGAUAAAGAAUGUGUGGAUAUUUGGCCACUCUCUUGUGUUUUGGGCUGAGAAGAGGGCUACUUCCCCUGAGUAUGGAGUGCAGCUGGGCAUGCACCCAGACUCAGUGCGCAUCUGGUGGAAGGGCAUACAGGGCAUGACGUGGCAACAGCUUAUACCUUUGCUGCUCCAGCACAAAGACAACUGGCCCAAACCUGAUGUGCUUAUAAUCCACUUGGGUGGAAAUGACAUAAGCACAACUGCUCCAGAGACCUUUAUUGAGACUGUGAAGAAAGACAUAUCCUCACUGAAGAGCAUAUUCCCCAAAUGCCGGUUGGUGUGGUCCAGCAUCCUUUCACGGCAGUCCUGGAGGGGUACAGAAGACAGCAAAGAAAUGGACAUUAUCCGCAUAGCCGUUAAUGAUAGCAUAUAUAAAAUUAUGAAAGAACUUGGUGGCUAUGCUAUAAAACACCACAACAUAAAGCCCAGUUCGGGAGUCUACAGGACAGAUGGGAUUCACCUCUCUGGAAAGGGUAUCGAUGUCUUCAAUCUGAACCUGCAGGCUUUUCUGGAGAAAUGGGAAAGAAAUGCUAAUAAGACAGAGACAUCUGACCCAUCAGUUUGAGAUGAGGAAAUUCCUGUAACGGUCAUUUGUUUUGUUCAGCAAACACGGAUGUCAGCUUGUACAGUGCCAAUGCAUUAUUGUAUAUCCUUUGUUGUUGUUUUGUUACAUCAGAUUUGAUUGUUAAGCAACCUGUGUAGAAUUAAAGCAGGUAUGUUUUCUAUACAUGUGUAUCACAAGUAUUUUGCAAGAAUGUGUUUGAUUUUGGGUUUUACUUGUUCUGUUUUAUACAUUCAGUUUAAUGACAAAAACAAGAAAAAUGAAAUUAUUCCAUUUUAAUACGGAAUAAACAUUUCUUUAUAUAUUGAGAUCUAGUGUAUGAUACAAAGAAUGUUCUCCACACCUCCACUUGCAUGUUUUUAAGUGUGUUUUCAUCAGCAAGCACAAGCUCCAUUGAAUGCUUUUUCUCUAUCAUUAAAUCUAAUCCACAAAUCAGCACAGGAAAUGGCAAAAAGUCUUCAGAGUCAGUCUGGG